AAAGUGGAAAGUUAACACUGAAUAAAGUUUGAACUGGAUUUUUAAAGGCAUAUCAUUUAAAGCUUUUUUUCUCACAUCAAUCUUAAUGACAUACAUUCAUAGUACAUGACAUACUCACAAGGGGAUGAGCUAAAAGAGAUGUGAGUUUGAGCUUUUUGAAUAUGUUUUGUGUCUGUCUGUGCUUGUGGACACUUGACAUAAGAGGUUGGACAAAGUGGAUCCAGUUGAUGUCGGGGGGGUUAGAGGACUGGAGUGGCGCCAGGAUCCAGCAGCAGAGCGCACACAGCCGACAAUCCUCCGGACCUCCCGGCAGCAGCUGCUCUCAUGGAGGCUGGACCCGUUUAUCACCGCAGAUAAAGGUUGAAGACAGAGCUUUAUCUCUGAGUUGGACUCAAGAGUUGUCCCGGAUGGUGGAUCGCGCUGUCUUCUGCGCGCACUGACGCCUCCAUCGGAUUUUACGCACACGUCGCUGCAGAAAAGCAACAGGGAAACCCUCUCGAUGGCCCUUUCUCGUCAUAACCAGAAAGCAGCAAGUUUGAAACUGCGUGGUAAUAUUUUCUGUUUCUAAGGGAAUUAUUCCUCCUAGCGACGCUCUGGUGCCGACAUGUUCCCCUGGCGGUGCGCCCGUGCCUCGAUUUCCGCGCCAGGACUGUGGACUGUUCGCCUGCCACUGGUUUCACACGUCUCACUGGAUUAUAACAGAGGACACUGACCUCGCGCUUCAAUACAACUCACUAGUGUUUGGGGACUCGACGUCUUUUAGGAGAGACGAGCAGAAACCUUCCUCUUUGAGUUUGACACCACAAGGCGCGCAGCGAUGGCGCGUCCGCUCCGCGUCCUGCUGCUGCUGCUGCUGCUGCACUUGUCGGUGCUGCAGCUGACGUGCCGGGCGGCAGCGGCUGGUCGGGUGCGGAAGAAGGCCUCCAGGACCCGGGCCUGCACGGACCUGCCGGAGGAGAUCCUGGAGCAGAUGUUCGGGCGGCUCUCAGUCGGAGUGAUGAGCGCCUUCCAUCACGCGCUGCAGCUGGAGCCGCAGGACAAACUGAACCGGACCUGCCCGAGCACCGCGCGACCGUCCCCGGCCGAGAGGAAGACCCGCCUCCCGGUCAACCUGCUCAGCAUCUCCCCUUGGGCCUACAGGCUCUCGUACGACCCCACCAGGUACCCCCGCUACAUCCCUGAGGCCUACUGCCUGUGUAAGGGCUGCCUGAUGGGAGAGGAGAGCCACCAGUUCCGCAGCACCCCGGUCUACGCUCCCACUGUCAUCCUGAGGAGAACGGGCUCCUGUGUCGGAGGCCGCCAUUCCUACACCGAGAUCUAUGUCUCUGUGGCCGUGGGCUGCACCUGUGUGCCACUGCUGCAGAAAGAGAGGGAUGCACACAGCAGCAACCAGAGCCUGGAGAGAGCAGGGCCUAAAGCCAGGAGACCGCUCACGUCUGCAGGGAAGAAAGUGUGAAGAACGCCUGCACCUCAUCCACAUCUGUGUGUUUCCUUUAUCUUCCACUGUCACUACAAACCAGAAUUACAGCCAACCAGAGCAAUUUCAGUCUACAAAAAUCUUGCUCGUCAGUUCAUCUUUGAGUCAGUCUUC